AUGAGGCAAGUUAUCAAGUAUGAGGUGGAUGAAGCUACCCCCAACACCUUCUCUUACCUUGGCACCUUCAUUUUAGGUAUCAAGACCCUCAACCACGCCAUAAAGGCAAUCAAUACAACCAGAGGUGGAGUUAUCAACAUGGUCAAGGCAAAGGAGGAACAACAUGCUGUCAUUGCUGAGGCUGGGGGGGUGAAGAACAUGCAACUGAUACUGCCACUCAGUCCAUUUCAACUAGGGAAAGAUGAAGUACAUGACAGAAAGCAAAGGGAGAAGGAUGAGAUAAGAAAGAAGAUUGAAGAGGAACUUUGGGAGAUGGAGGAACAGAAGAAGAAAAUGCUGAAGGAGAGAGAGCAAAAGCUGGAGGAGGAGAAUGAGAAGCUGUCGAAACUGAUGGAAGGGGAGAUUGAGAAGGAUAGUGAAGAGGUGGAGGCAGAGGCAGAGGUGGCAAAGGCAGAGAUGGCAGAGGUGGAGGAGGCAGAGGCAGAGGCAGAGGCAGAGGAGGUGCUGCAGAAAGGGAAGAAAAGAGGAAAGUCUGGGGGAUCUGAAAGACCAUCCAAGAAGACUGCCACUGACAAUAUUUGUGGAUCCAGCAGAGCCAGACAGCCCUCCAAAAAGGCCAUAUACAAGUGA